GAUGCAGAGGCGAAGCAAAAUUUCUUGGAUCCAUUAUACCUUUUGGAAAGCAAGGAGAUCAAGGAAAUAAACGUAAGAAUCGCAUCAUGGAGUAAAUUAUUAACUUGUAAAUGUUUGUUUAAAAUGCAAACAGUAGUGCAAUGAUUGAGUAAAUAUAUGUUGAAUUAUUUGUUCAAAAGCACCACAGAAAAAAGAUGGAAGGCAGACGACUCGACUUUGAUUGUAAGAAAAGAAAAGGCAGUAAAAGUAUGGAGUGCAUUCAUUUCUGAGUAUUUCAAAUUCACCAGCAUUUAUUAAGUAAUGAAUUCAUUUAUUUAUUUGCUGUCUGUAUUUUCUCAGUACCUCCGGAAGAAAUUCGUGCAGCCGAAGAUAAAUUUGAAAGUUCUAAAACAGUUUGUUACAAUGCAAUGUUGACUUUAUCAGAAGGAGAGGUAAUUUGUUUAUUGAAUUUCUCGUCCAGUUGAUAGGGGAUUCGAGGUACCUACGAUGAAACGCAAGAACUCCCUUUACAGAUGCCAGAACUCCCUUUUCAAAUGGCAGAACUUGGUUUUCAAAUGCCAGAAGUACCAUUUGAAAUGCCAAAACUCCGUUUUCAAAUGGCAGAACUCCCUUUUCAAAUGGCAAAACGUCCUUUUCAAAUGGCAGAACUCCCUUUUCAAAUGCCAGAAGUACCAUUUCAAAUGCCAAAAUUCCGUUUUCAAACACCAGAACUCCCUUUUCAAAUGGCAGAACUUGGUUUUUAAAUGCCAGAAGUACCAUUUCAAAUGCCAGAACUCCCUUUUCAAAUGGCAGAACUUUUUUUUAUCAAAUAGAGUGUGAUAACCACCUACCCAAAAAAUAACAAUUUAGAUUUAGAUUUAUUGUUUUACCAACUGUACAUGUUAUUCAUUCUAAUCAAAUUCUGUACGUGUUCGAAACAGGAUGAACAAAUCACACAACUGACGGACUUUGUGAAAGCCGUGAUGGAAUACCAUCAGAAAUCAUACGAACUCUUGGAGACGCUGGCAUCUACACUGGAUGACAAGUAAGUCAGGGAGUAGACCUUUCUGCACGAAGCCCCAGGGAUGAUGGCUUUAAAGAAUGUUUCUAAUGGCAAAUUUCCCUUGUCCUGACAUAAAAGAUCGCGUUAAGCAUUCUGGUCAGGGUGUUAGCCAGGUGGCCGUCCUAUAUUCUUUAACACAUAGCAACCUACAAGCUUUGUAAUAUUUCUUGACUACUUCGCGCCAUGCAUAUUUUUGUAAAACGCGCCAUGUUUUGGUAACCAUUUUGAUGAUUCUUGCAUGAAGUAUCAAGGAGAAUAAUGUUAAACAAUAAACCGCUGUUUUAAAAAAACAGCCACGUUACAGUUACGGUACCAUACAGUAUAUGUGCUUUUACUAAUUUAAUGACGGAAAUGUGCAUCUAAAAGUACAACGGUUCAACGAAUAAAACACCACAAUUCUACAACAGAAAAUUGCGGCCACACCCAAAAGCAUGUGACCAAGCCCACAAAAAUAUGUUGCCACGCCCACAAAAUUAUUUUGAACGGCCACUUUUGAAAUCCUGGCUAACACCCUGAUUCUGGUAGCCAUGAACAAGGCGGGAAUCGUAACUUUAUGCUGAAAAUCAAUGCCGCCAUUUCAUUCUGUGAUUGUUUAUUUAUAUUAAUUACCUCCAUUAUGCUGGGCAUUGAUUUUCAUCACACAGUUUUUGAAAAGACUUUUCGAAAAGAUAUUAAAUAGGCCUUCAUUGACAUUGCUUGGUUGUGAACUCACUUUUCGUGUAAUGCAGGAUUAGCGAGGCGUCAAGCAGGCCACGUAAAGAAAGACGAACAGAACACGAGUCGAAAUGGACUGGAGAUGACGAUGAGGAAGAAGACGACAGCAGCAGCGGCGGGUACUCAUUCUCUCCCACACCUGCCAAGAGAAAUGGCGACAGCACUCCGUGUGCUAAAGCACUUUACGACUUUGAACCAGGUAGAGUUUAAACCCACAGACAAAUUUGGUCAAUUCACAACAUUAAUAGAUCAAUUCACAACAUUAAUAGAUCAAUUCACAUGCCUAAUUAUCAUCGUUCUAUAGUAUACUGAAGUACAGUAUAGAAUUCUUUGUUUUCAAUGACGUGAUUUUGGGAUUUCAGUUGAGGGGCAGGUAUAACAAAACCGGCUAUUUUAAUGUAUUGAUAGAGUAUAGAGACAGCUUAAAAGAUGAAUUACCGUUCAGUUUUUCUCGCUACAACCAUUCUGAUUGCCUGUCAUUUGGAUGAAAAGUCGCGUUAUUGCAGACAAAGAAUAGAACAAAGGAACUAAGCUUUAGAAUUAUCUACACAAGUGAAUAACUCUAAGCUUAAAAUUUAAACUACAGUAAAGCUGUUUAUUUUAAUCAUUCUUUUCUGAUGCUACUGAAUUGAAAUUAUAAUCAGACAAAGUGUUUUGCAACAAUCAAACCCUCAUCACACAAACGAAAGGCAUACAGCUAUUUCAAUUAAGGUUGUCCACGAGCAAAGCGGAAAAGUCGAAUAUGAGCGCGAAAGGCUGCUUCAUGGGAAUCGCUUUGAAAAUUCAUUAAUUUAUUAGCGAUUCCCAGCAGCCUUUCGCGCUUGUAUUCGACUUUUCCUCUUUGCUCGUGGACAACCUUAGUUGAAAUAGCUGUAUACACUAAACAAUAUACGAACACUCCUCGUGUAAUUACUGGAACUAUUUUCUCAUGCACCAUGCGCUAAUUUCAUGAUUUUCAGAAAACGAAGGAGAGUUGGAAUUUGUUGAGGGUGACAUGAUAACGCUAACAGGACGAAUUGACGAGAACUGGCUAGAAGGGACAGUGAAUGGUAAAGAUGGAUAUUUCCCCGUGAACUAUGUUGAUAUAAUCAACGAUUUACCUUAGGUAUUACUAUUAGUCACUAUUAAACAAUUCUCCCGCAUUUCUGAUAUAUAAUUCAGGUAUGAACCAGAAUUAGAAUAUAAUUUAAAGUACGCAUAUAUACUUUAUUGAUCAAUCACCAAAAUUAGUCUUUAGGUAUACAGGCUGGGGGUAGUUUAGCUUUAUUUUGAAAUGUUCGGGUAUUGUAUAUUUCUUCAUUCUUGACAUUGAUUUGAUCUGGUUAUGGCUCCGAAAAGAAUCGCUUGUGAUUAUUUAACUUUAAUCAAAUAAUAAUUUUGUAUUAAGUUUCAAUUAAUACACAAUAUAUUAUUGUACGCUAAAAAAGACUUGUUCUUUACAAAGACAUGAGAUUACUAAAAGGAACAGGAAGCCCAUACGAAAGACCCUAAAAAUGUGUUUUUAACCAUGCAUUGUCUGUUUUGCGAAUAGCGAUUAGCGGAACUUCUACUGUUAGAGCGCGUGUCGAUUUGUUGAAACGAUUUAAUUGAUUUGCAAGCUCACGAGAAAAUACUCAGAAUCUUUUAGUUACAGUUAAUAUCAUGGUUAAAUAUGUAAACAUGUCUAGGUUGUUAUACAGCCAUAUUUUGUGGAAAAUACUGCACUUUAACAAGCAAUUUUUUACUGCACUGUGUUGCAGCAACUGUUCAGUCACACAUACGUGAUAAAAAGCAGAUAUAAACUUUAUAAACAAAAGAUAAUGUAAAACGUAACAGAACGGCGAACAUGCAGAUUCGGCCAUCUCAAAUAAUGGUAAUGUUGGGAUAGUAGCGUUGCAGACUGCAGAGGAGAGUGGGCAGUAAGGCUCCCUCAUGCACCACUCCAUGGAAAACCUGCACCCCUCUUUGUAGAUGAGGCUAGAAUCCGCUAGAUCCGCCCCCGGGAAGAACUCUGGUCAGUUAAACAAACGCUAUAGUAGAUGGGCUUCUUGUAGAUGGAAUUCGAGAACGCCAAUUUAUAUAAAAAAUUUUAAAUCCUAACUAGGAUCCUGAAAUUCCAUCUGCAAAAAGCCAUUGUUGUAUCGAACGAAAUCUUGAUAUUUACCAAUAUAGUACAAUCAGUUACCUAUAUACCACGCAGCUUGGUAGAAAGCCUCGUGGUAAGAUACUGUGGUAGGGCUAUAACAGCCUAGUUUUAUCAUAUACGCGUAUAGAAGCUUGGCGCUGUUCCUCUACGCAUUGUUCCACAAUUCUCUACUCAUGAGUCUCGCCAGCAUUCUUGUCCCGACAGUGAUCGCAAGAUUCUUUCUCGUCGAGGUCAAUGUGGAUGAUACCGCUGGACAAGGCGUAGAACACCAUAGCGACCACAGCAAACCCAACGGAAACAACUGCGUUGAUUUUUUUCCUUCGUGAUUCCUCCGCCUCGUCCUUCACUGGGUCUGGUCGCCCGAGCUCCCUGGCAACUGUAGAUUAAAAGGCAUUUUUUAAUGUCUUGUAUUUGCGAUGAAAAAGUCUUC